AAUGAGGACUGCGUAGAGUAAAUGUCGUAAAUGUCAAAUCGCUUAUCAGGUUCUUCGGGUUCUUGCUCGCAAGUGUUGGUGAAAACGUGAACAAAACGAAACUGGCAGGAUCUUCUCCGACACACAAAGUCGAAUGGUUUGACGGAUACUGAAGACAAAGUUCAGGAAAAAAUUACCUCAAUUUUUCGAUUCGUUAUUGGAAGAAGUUUUUAACAGGCAUAAGUCGAUCAGAUCGGCAAAAGUCUACCGAAGGUUGCUGUGCAAGAAUCAUUAGAUUCUAUCUUGAGUCUUGCCCGUGGUUUGCAUAUUUUGUUGGACCUUUAAUCCAUUGAGAUUGCAGAGGAAACACUGCGCAGAAGGCCAAUAAGAUGAAGAAGAAGGUAAGUGAUAUGGAAUGUUUUUGUCUGAUGAAACCGAUUUAACCCUAUUGGAUGAUAGGAAAAAUUAAAGGGUUUCCUUCAAAAGUGUUCCAUGCACUGAAAUAUAUUUCGUGGGAUGUGUUGGUUUUACUGAUGGGUAAAAGUGGCUCGGGGAAGACCAGCAUGCGAUCGAUCAUUUUUGCCAACUAUAUCGCAAGGGACACAAGACGGCUAGGAGCGACAAUUGAUGUGGAGCACUCACAUGUGCGCUUCCUGGGCAACCUGGUGCUCAAUCUGUGGGAUUGUGGCGGCCAGGAGUCAUUUAUGGAGCAGUAUUUUGCUUCCCAGAAGGAUAACAUUUUUCGCAAUGUCGAAGUGUUGAUCUACGUGUUCGACGUGGAAAGCCGCGAGCUAGAUAGAGAUAUGCACUAUUACCAGUCCUGUUUGGAGGCCAUCCUGCAGAACUCCCCGGAUGCCAAGAUUUUCUGUCUGGUCCACAAGAUGGAUCUGGUGGCGGAGGAACAGCGUGAUAUUAUUUUCAAAGAACGCGAAGAGGAUCUAAAGCGGUUAUCGAAACCGCUAGAAUGCACGGCUUUUCGUACCAGUAUCUGGGAUGAAACAUUAUACAGAGCCUGGAGCAACAUCGUUUAUCAGCUGAUUCCAAACGUAAAAGCAUUGGAGCAUUCACUGAAUUAUUUUGCCAGCGUGGUCGAUGCUGAUGAGGUGCUCCUUUUCGAACGGGCGACGUUUUUGGUAAUUUCUCACUGUCAAAGACAGCAGCAUAGGGAUAGCCAUCGGUUCGAGAAAGUCUCCAAUAUUAUCAAGCAGUUCAAGCUAUCGUGUUCAAAACUGGGGGCAAAGUUUUCUUCCAUGGAAGUGCGAAACAGUAUAUUUGCUGCUUUCAUUGACACGUUCACUAGUAACACAUAUGUUAUGGUGAUAAUGUCAGAUCCCUCCAUUCCGUCGGAGGCAACGCUGAUCAACAUCCGCAACGCUAGGAAAUAUUUUGAGGAGCUGGAAAAUCCCAACAACAGCUUAAGCUCGAGCAACCCCAUUCACACAGCCGCCACACAUGUUGGCCACGCAGGGCUGGUGGCCAAUGGUGGAUCUUCCCUCUACUACUCACAUCACCAGCAGCACCAACAACUCCAGCAGCAGUUCCUUCAGCAGCAACAACAGCUGCAACAGCAGCCUCAGUACCAUAAUUUGAACAACCCGUACCACUGAUAUUUAAUCAAAAAGAAGUACUUUUAUUUCAAGUAACCCCUCUUCCAUAAGCGUCGCACGAGCGUUGCUGUAAAAAAAUACUUUCUAUGAUUGCUCCUAUGAUUUCCUAUGCUGGUAGCUGAUAAACCCGAACAACUAAUCUGGUCGCCUUUCGUACAUGAUAGUAGAAUCAAAACAUAGUCUGUAAACAAUUAUGCGUUUUUAGUUAAACGAAUUGUUAUGCUUUAAUCUGUACUAAGGAAAAACUUGUAUAAAACCAUAGAAAUUUGUCCUUCGGUUCACCAACUCCUCGCGUUCGCUCGACGACUGUUGAUUGUCUAAGCCAUGUUGAUUAAGGAUCACUUUGUUGAAUAUUCAAUCUUAACUAGCCUAGCUUAACCCCAUUUGUUUUCGACUAGUGCCAAUACUGUGAAGAUAAAAUCAACGGAAACGAACGAAUAGAAAGUGCUGAAGAAAAAAAACCCCUUGGGAAAAAAGUUAUUUGUAAAACAUCAGAAAAAACCACUCUGAGAGAUAAUAAACGUGUUUUUAUUAAGA